AUGGUGACUUAUUCCAAACACUCGUGUGUAGCAUUCCUCGUCGUAGUCACAGUUUCGAACAACGUCUCUGAAGCUGUCAAAGUGCGUCAUCUCCAGCAAAGUUCUGAUGUUACAAACUCACAACUUGGUGACUAUCGAUCGGAGAUGCUAGCUCGCAUUAAUAAAGAGCGUGCUGCAGCUGGUCUCUCACCACUCUGCUUUAAUCAAAAGCUUCAGUACGCAUCACAAUCACAUUCUGACGACAUGGCUCAGAAUGCUUUUAUGGCUCACGUUGGAAGUGAUGGAUCAUCGGUCGCACAGCGUAUUACCGAUGUCGGUUUUGCUUGGAAUAAAGUCGCAGAGAACGUCGCGGCUGGUCAAGAAAGUGUGCAAUCCGUCAUCGACGCCUGGAUGCUUUCACCUAAGCAUCGUGAGAACAUCAUGGGACUUUGGAAAUGGAAACACGGAAUCGUGUGA